AUGACCGACAAAUUACCACCCAAUCUUCUAAAGCUUUUUGCACCACGACCACCCCUUCCCUAUGUCAAGCCACUUGACAAGGCGCCCGAAAAGCGUGUAGGCGCACAGGUGUCUGGAAUCGCAUCUCUCGUGCCAAUGUUACGGAACUACGAUCCCGACUAUGUGCCAUGGAAGUCAACUGAAGAAAAGCGCAGAGAAAAGCUAAAAGAAAGAAAGCAGAUGAAGAUCUUGCUAAAGCACUUUCUGAGUGUAAAUGAUCCAGAAAAUGAUGACAAGAUGGAAGGCAAUCCAUUUAAUACCUUGUUCAUCGCACGUUUGAGCUACGAAUUGACAGAAAGCGAUCUUAUGCGUGAAUUUGAGUUGUACGGACCUAUUAAGAAUAUUCGCCUCGUAAAGACACCAGAAGGAAAGUCGAGAGGUUAUGCAUUCAUUGAAUAUGAAAGAGAAAAAGACAUGCGAGCUGCCUACAAAGAUGCCGAUGGUUUGAAAAUGCUGGGUCGACGUGUUAUUGUAGACGUUGAACGUGGCCGAACAGUUAAGGGGUGGAAGCCUCGUCGCCUUGGAGGUGGCCUUGGUGGU